AGUCACAGCCGUCAAGAUAGACUUUUUAUACUACAUCGCCGUUCGUUUCCUUUUAUUUGUUGCUUCUUUCUUUUUUCCGUGGGAGAAUUUCUUUGAUGAAAUGUAACAGCCCCCGCCAAUGAAGUGGAUCUCAUCAGCCCAAUCGUCCGUUUCCUUCUGCUUUUCAGUCAUUGAACGCUAUCCGUUGGAAUCUUCUUCCUUUAUUCGACCGGAUCGCUCCUUCCACUUCAGUCAACGCUACGCAAUCAAUGUAAGAUAACGUCAGCGGAUUUCUCCUCUGUAAUGCCCGACACGCGCACGCUCGCAUCUUUGCUCACGUUCGUGUUUGUUUUCACCCUCGCGCAAGCUCGGUUCUGAGAUCCGCCAUCGCCGAUAUUGGGUGACGAGCUUCCAGUUCUUGACGGACCGCCCGUGCAGCGUCUGAAUACCCAGGAACUAUGAAAGGUAAAAAGUACUUUGGAUAUUCUCUUUCUCUGAUCAUCAUCAACUUGGCUGCGAUAAUGGAGCGUGCAGAUGAAAAUCUCCUUCCAGCUGUUUACAAAGAAGUCAGUGAGACUUUCAAUGCAGGGCCAUCUGAUCUGGGUUAUCUUACAUUUAUAAGGAACUUCGUCCAAGGAUUGUCAUCACCCUUGGCAGGCGUUUUAGUCAUAAACUAUGAUCGACCCACAGUUCUUACUUUAGGGAUUUUUUGCUGGGCUUUCUCAACUGCUGCAGUUGGUGCAAGCCAGUCUUUCAUGCAAAUUGCAUUUUGGAGAGCGCUAAAUGGUUUUGGACUGGCAAUAGUAAUACCAGCUCUACAAUCGUUUAUUGCAGAUAGCUAUAAGGAUAAUGUGAGGGGCGCUGGGUUUGGAUUUUUAUCUCUCAUUGGAAGUUUUGGGGGUGUAGGUGGUGGUGUUUUAGCAACAGCUAUGGCUGGCACAGAGUUUUUGGGAAUUCCUGGGUGGAGAUGUGCCUUUGUUCUAAUGGCGACAGUUAGUUCAUUGAUUGGCUUCCUCGUUUUUUUGUUUGUUGUUGAUCCAAGGAACACUAACCUCACUCAUGAUUCUAGUGAGAAUCUAGAAAGAGAUGCUUUGGUAGAGAAGGGAAGGAAUGCGAGAUCAACUUGGAUGGAGUCCUGGAAAGCAAUGAAAGCUGUAAUAGCAGUGCCAACUUUUCAAGUAAUCGUAUUGCAGGGAAUCAUCGGUUCACUACCUUGGACAGCCAUGGUGUUCUUCACUAUGUGGUUUGAACUUAUAGGUUUUGAUCACAAUGGGACGGCAGUUCUGCUUAGCAUUUUUGGCUUUGGGUGUGCUGUGGGAUCCCUUCUGGGAGGUAUCAUAGCAGAUAGAAUAUCUCGAGUCCACCCCCAUUCUGGUCGUAUCAUGUGUGCACAAUUCAGUGCUUUCAUGGGCAUUCCCUUCUCCUGGUUUCUUCUCAGAGUGAUCCCACAGUCUGUCAACAGCUGGUUCGCCUUCUCUGUUACCUUACUUCUGAUGGGCUUAACCAUCAGUUGGAAUGCCACUGCAGCGAAUGCCCCAAUGUUUGCUGAAGUGGUCCCAGCCAAGCACCGGACCAUGAUCUACGCGUUCGAUCGAGCCUUCGAGGGAUCCUUAUCCUCUUUUGCAGCUCCACUGGUUGGGAUUCUUUCUGAGAAGAUAUUCGGCUAUGAUGCGAAGACUGUGGAUCCUGCCAAAGGAUCGGCAGAUGGAGCCUUUGCUCUAUCAAAUGGGCUUCUCUCGAUGAUGGCAGUGCCGUUUGGUUUGUGUUGCUUGUGUUACACGCCACUGUACAAGAUAUUCAAGGGGGACAGGGAAAACGCGAGAAUGGUGAGUUUGAAGGAGGAGGAGAUGACGUGAAGCUCGUCUCUCGUGUUCAUGGGCUGACCAUGUCUCCAUGCAGCCUAGGCUUCUGUAUGUCUUCUCCCAACAGAUCACGGCAGAAGAGGCAUCAGGAGCCAUAUGCAGAAAUCGGCAUCUGGACAAAAUUUCUGAAGAAUUACAACUCGAGGGCAGUUUAUAUGGAUUUUUGUGUAGAUAACAGGUUAUGCAGAGCACGUUAUGUGAACCACAGGGUAACUAUAGCAAGCAAUUCUUUGACCAGUUAGCUUUAGCUACGCUAGGGGUAUGUUCGUCAGAACUCUGGUUGAAUUGUUGGAAUAGAAUAAAUUCGGUCUGC